AUGUCUCCCGAACCCGCAUCUUGCUCGACCGAGCCGGAUCGUCCUCCCAUCCUCCUCUUCUCCCGGUCCACAUGGAGCCAGCUCUCCCGCUCGCAGAUAAUCUAUCUUCUGGUGGUACAAGGCGUGGGAUCCGCUAUUCUAGACGCUGGAGCUAAUUUCGGCAUUGCCACGGCCAUGUACCGCGGGUCGCCCGAUCCCGUGCGUGUAUGGGAGCUGCCGAACAGCCUUGCUGGUGAUGCGAUCGUGACGAUCAUGAUUCAAGGCACGCUGACGUGGGUCAUUGCUGGACUGCUGACGAGGCUGGAUGUGAAAUCAGAACGAAUCCAGCCAAUCUUUUAUCAGCAUGCACCUCGUCCACUCCAAGACUUCCCUGCUGACGGUUCUGCCUCUGGUGCAGUCACUCCUCCUGGUGAACCCGCUGCCGCCGCUGCCGAUGCUGAUAGCAACAGCAGCAAGGCACUUGACGGGCCCCAGAUCUUCAAAGCUGUGAUGGCGGCAGUGCUUGGGUUCUUCAUGACUCCAUUAGUUUCUAUGGUUGGACUUCUAGAGGCUGGAAGAUGUAGUCUAGCUGACCUGCAGCAGAUUUGA